ACAAGAGUAGCAGCCCUGCGGAGCAGCUCUUCCAGCUGGCAUUGACGUCAGAGCGGGCCGCACGUGACCGUGGGGGACCAAUCCGACGAGCUCCGGAGCAUCUCCCGCAACAAUCUUUCCGCGGAGCUCGUGCCUCUUCCUCGCCAGCGGCAGGAGGAGGCAGAGGCACCGAGGAGGAGGAGGAGGAGGAGGAGGAAGCGAAGACAGCUCCACGCGCCUUUCUCCCCUGGUCCACGCCACGCGCAUCCCUCCCUCCCUCCAUCCUGACGCCCGCUCCCUCCGCCUCCCUCGGACACGCGUCUGCUGAGCCCAUUCAGACGUGCACAGCAGCAGCAGUAGCAGUAGCCUGGGCAGGAACAAGGAGCAAGCAAAGGGGAGACCGAAACCUUUCUCUCUCCCCCUCCCCAUUAUUAUUAUCGUCGCUUGCUCUGUCUUCGCCGCCGCCGCCGCCUUUCCGCUCACACAAAGAGGAUUCCCACGCCCGCCCCGCGCCUUGCCUUGCCUGCCUUUUGGAUGAAGCCUACCUUUUGUCUCUGGCUUCCUGUGCGUGGGGAGCGAUCUUUUCUUUCCAACAUGGAUUUGGGGAACUGAGCAACGAGGCCGCCACUCCGCACCCUUUCCCCACCCCCAGAUCGCCACCAGAAAACAAAAGGAGACGAGAGGAUCAAAGCACCCGCAGCCAAAGGAAAGAAGCUGAAUUUUGGAAGUUUCCAAUUCAGGAUAUUUUGGGGGGUGCCCUCCUUUCCUUUCCUCCUCUUUGUGUACGCGCGCGUUUUUGUUUUUGUUUUUAAGGGCGGUGUUGCUUUCCCCACCUCUCCUCCUUUCUCUCUUUAUUUUAUAAUUUUGUUUUUAAGGGGGGGGGAAGCAACCUUUGGUUUUGUAUGCGUGGGGAUUUUUUUUUAAUUUCCAAGACGAUUUUGAGGGAGGCGAAAGGGGGUGCGUGGGGCGGGGUGGGCAGUAAAAGAGAAGAAGGAAAGGAAGAGGAGAGGGGAAUAAUUCCGCACCCCUGAAACGCGCCGCCCGCGGACCUUCUCCGAGCCGCGAUGGAUUUCAACGGCAGCUGCGGCGGGGGAGGCAGCGACCCUCGGCAGAUCGAGGAGAGCAAGCCUUUGCUGGGCGAAAUGUCUGCGACGGAAGGGCAUAAAAUGGGGGCCGCGCUCUGCAGGCGAGGCGUCCACUGCAGCGGGAUGAGAUACAAGCUGCUCCAGGAAGGGGACAUUCAGGUUUGUGUCAUCAGGCACCCCCGGACAUUCCUCAGCAAGAUCCUCACCUCCAAAUUUUUGAGGAGGUGGGAGCCUCACCACUUGACCCUGGCGGAGAACAGCCUCACGUCAGCCACGCCAACUGGGUACAUGGAAAACUCAAUUUCCUACAGCUCAAUUGAAGAUGUUCAGCUGCUUUCUUGGGAGAAUGCCCCUAAGUAUUGUUUACAGCUCACGAUCCCUGGAGGCACAGUCUUGUUGCAGGCUGCAAACAGUUACCUGAGGGAUCAGUGGUUUCAUUCAUUGCAGUGGAAGGAGGCUCUGCACUCCAGCCGUGCAAGAUCUCAGAGGUUUCUACCUGUAAAUCUCCAUCCGAAAAAGAUCUACAAGUACAAGAAGGUUCUGAGUAACCCAAGCCGCUUGGAGGUGGUUCUGAAAGAGAUCCGGACCUUGGUGGACAUGGCCCUAACGUCCCCUUUGCAGGAUGAAUCAAUCCAUCAGGCUCCUCUGGAGAUUGUUUCCAAGUUGCUCUCAGAGAAUAAUAACUUAACCACUCAAGAGCAUGAAAACAUUAUUGUGGCACUUGCACCUUUGCUGGAAAACAACCACCCACCUCCUGACUUGUGUGAAUUUUUUUGCAAGCACUGCAGAGAACGCCCUCGAUCCAUGGUGGUCAUAGAAGUGUUCACUCCGGUUGUGCAAAGAAUCCUCAAACACAACAUGGAUUUUGGGAAGUGCCCUAGGUUGAGGCUUUUUACUCAGGAGUACAUUCUGGCCUUGAAUGAACUGAACGCUGGCAUGGAAGUAGUGAAGAAGUUUAUUCACAGCAUGCAUGGCCCUACCGGACAGUGCCCCCACCCCAGGGUCCUGCCAAAUCUCGUUGCCGUCUGUUUAGCAGCCAUUUAUUCAUGCUACGAAGAAUUCAUCAACAGCCGGGACAAUUCUCCAAGCCUGAAGGAAAUUCGGAAUGGCUGCCAGCAGCCCUGUGACCGUAAGCCCAAUUUGCCCCUCCGGCUCCUCCACACAAGCCCCGACCUGGUGUCCCAAGAAGCGACAUUGACCGAGUCCCGCCUCAAGUCAGUCAUUGUCACGUCAAACGAGAUCCAUGUGGAGGUUGAGCGCAACAACACGGCCAACCAGAAGAUGACGGCCAAUGUUGGCAACGACAGUGAGCCCAACCUGAUUGAUUGCUUGAUGGUCAGCCCCACCUGUAGCACCAUGAGCAUCGAGCUCAGCGCCCAGGCGGACCGCAUCCUCGGCUGCUACGUGGAAAUACUCAGGAUGCUAUCAGGCUAUGAUGAUUGGAGACCAGCUCUCGCCAGUCUGCUUCAACCCAUCCCAUUCCCCAAAGAGGCUCUUGCACAUGAGAAGUUCACAAAGGAGCUGAAGUACGUCAUUCAAAGAUUUGCAGAAGAUCCAAGACAAGAAGUCCACUCGUGUUUGCUGAGUGUGCGAGCUGGCAAGGAUGGCUGGUUCCAGCUCUACAGCCCUGGUGGUGUGGCAUGCGAUGACGACGGAGAGUUGUUUGCCAGUAUGGUUCACAUUUUAAUGGGCUCCUGUUAUAAGACGAAGAAGUUCCUGCUUUCACUGGCUGAGAACAAACUUGGGCCCUGCAUGCUGCUAGCUUUGAGGGGCAACCAGACCAUGGUGGAGAUUCUUUGCCUGAUGCUUGAAUAUAACAUCAUCGACAACAAGGACACCCAGCUUCAGAUCAUCUCAACCCUCGAGAGCACCGAUGUGGGGAAAAAAAUGUAUGAGCAGCUGUGUGACAGACAGAGGGAGUUGAAAGAGCUGCAAAGGAAAGGCGGUCCUACCAGGUUGACACUGCCAUCAAAAUCCACAGAUGCAGACCUGGCCCGGUUGUUAAGCUCAGGCUCCUUCGGCAACCUGGAGAACCUCAGCCUGGCCUUCACCAAUGUCACCAGUGCCUGCGCAGAGCAUCUCAUCAAGCUGCCUUCGCUCAAGCAGCUGAACCUGUGGUCGACUCAGUUUGGAGAUGCAGGUUUACGGCUCCUCUCUGAACACCUCACAAUGCUGCAAGUGCUCAACUUGUGUGAGACGCCCGUAACCGAUGCUGGGCUGCUGGCCCUGAGCUCCAUGAAAAGCCUGUGCAGCUUAAACAUGAACAGCACCAAACUUUCGGCAGACACCUAUGAAGAUCUCAAGGCUAAAUUGCCUAACCUGAAGGAAGUGGAUGUCCGCUACACAGAGGCAUGGUGAAAUCUUUCAGGCUGCAUUUGUAGCUUUUGGUGAGGAGGGGGGAGAUUUUUUUUUUUUUUUUUGGAAACAAAAUAAAAGCAGAGAAAUAAACUUUUGGCUUCUACCUAUAGAGAGCAGCGAGUUCUGAGGACUUUGACUUUAUGAGUUGUGUUUGUGAGGUAGCAGAGUGUGACUUUGCGCAUGGGAGGGGGAACGGAGCAUGUCCCCGCCAGGCCCUUCUGAAUUCUUUAAGCUUUGUCCUUUGAAAUUCAACAUCAUUUAAAUGAAGGGGUAUGUGGCCACAAAACAGGUGAGGAAACAAGGGAGGGGGGGAACCCUGUUUCGAUUUUCAUUUGCUAUUUUUGUGUUGUUGGGUUUUUUUAAAUGCCAUAUGGAAAGAAAAAACAAAUACAAGAUUAUGCAUCAUAGUUUUUCCUUGGAUGGACCUCAGCCUUUAGGUGCUUUUCCAUCUUUCCUGCCUUUUUUUAAAAAGUAUGAGAAAUCAAGAGAAGAAGAAAAAGAAAUAUGAUUUUCACCUCUCGCUAUGUUCUUACGAUCGUUAUGCAAAGUAAUUUUGUUGUACAUACAAUUUACAUAAUGCACCUAUUUAAAAAAAAUGGUUCACAAAUAACAGGUCUGGGACCUGUCUUUUAUUUAUGAAUUGUUAAUUCUUUGAUCUUUUUUGUUUGUUUCAUUUUGUUUUGCAUGUAGACUGUAUAAACUAGUUGGUCUUACUGUUUUUUGUUUUUUAAAAACAGAAAACCCUCUUUGAAUAAUUGUCUUUUAGUAAUGCCUACUGUAUUACACAGUCUCUGUUCAACCCAUCACCCUGCUGAUUUCUGACUUACAAAUCACUCAAAAGUUUCUUCAGGUAGAAGGAAAAUAUUCAUAUAAAUACAUUUAUAUAUAUACAAAAGCGAAACGGUGGGUCAGGGAGAGAGACUGUGAAUUACCUGAGAUGUUUUCAAACUGUGCUGGGGGUUAGGAAAUUAGGAGUAGUAAGUACCUUUUUAAAAAAAAGAAAAAAUGAAAUGCUAGAUAAAACUUAAGUUGAGCUGUCAACCACAUGUGUUAGAUUUGCCAAGGCGUGCCUGUUUGGUUUUUCUGUUUACGUCCAAUAUUUCAAGGGCAAGUUCCUCCUCCCUCCCACCCACCCUGUUGUGCAUUUUCUGUAUUUUAUACCCUUCUCCCCUCCCCCCCCCCCGCAGGCUUUUGCUUAUGUUCCAAGCAUACACAGAUCAUUCACCACAUUAUGAUUAUGAUUAUGGUUUUUUCCUAGGAUAGAGAUAUGCCCAGUUUGCUGUGAUCAGUCUCUAAGCUCCACCUCAAAGUAUGACCACUAUCCAUAGCCCUCUUAACACCAGCCUUCACCAACCUGGUGCCCUCCAGUGCUUUUGGACUGCAAGUUGCGAUCCAAAAACAUCUGGCGCCAGGUUGGUAAAAAGGGUCCUAUACAAUUGCUCGGGGGAAAAAAAGUUUGUUUUUUAAAAAAAUUAAUAUGUGGUUUCUUUUAUAAAUAUGCUUUUGUGUUUUUUUCCUUUUUCCUUUUCACAAUAAGCAUUCUUUGAAUAGAGCAGCUUCUUUUUUUAAAAAAAAAUUAAAAACAGACCAAAAACAAAGGUUUUAUGUUUUUCCUUUUUGAGUUCAGUAGUAGCAGACAUUUGUUCAGUUCUUUUGGCACCUGAAGAGAUUUAACAUCCAGGCAAUGUAAUUUUUAUACAAUAUAUUCAACGGGAAGCGAUGCUUUUGCUGCUCUGGUUGUCUCUUUUCACCCUGAGGUCUCUGGCUAGGGAGCUUCUUGACACUUCAAAUCUCCUUCAUCUCUCAAUUUCCCCUUUUUAUAAACAUACACGCAGCAGCAGCAGCAGCAACGACGGCGUUUGGUCCAAGUCUUAAUUCACGUAGCGUGCCGGGAGUGGGGGGGGGAGUGUUCGUUUUUUCUGCCUUAUAUCCCAAGCUGUCUGAUAAACUCAGUGAGGGAAGCAAAAAGUAAAGAAAAAAGGAGAUGAAACGAAUGCCGACAUUGUAUCCUUAGCACUGUUGCUUCUUAUGAUGGUUCGCUACUACUGUUCUGUAGCUGUGUAAAAAAGAGAAAAAAAGAUGUGAAAUAAUUUCAGGAGGAAAAAAAUAAAAAUAAACUGUAAGUGAAUAUC